GAUUUUCUAGUCCAAUUCCCAGAAUGAGCCCAUCUGCAAAUUCCCCUGCUGUUCGCACUGCAGAUCAUACACCAGUUUCUGCAAGUCCUUCAACAGAAGCAGAAAACCUUCCCUCCAAAGAUUCGGGUCCUAAGCAGGAGUUGGUCAACUAUCCAUACGAUCGGGUAAAAAUCAACUCAAACAAUCCGGUUCCAGAUAUAGACAUUACAAAGAGAGAGGCCUAUCUAUCCGAAGAAGAGUUCCAAGAGAAAUUUGCCAUGCCGAAAAGAGCUUUUUACCAACUUCCGAGAUGGAAACAAAACAAACUAAAGAUGUCCCUCUUUCUCUUCUAAAUUUUAUAAUAAUGAAUGCUUUGUAAUAAGGUCUAAUGUGUAGUUAAGCGUGAUUGAACGAGAGUAGUAUUAGAAUGAAUGAAUAUAUUGUAACUCAUUUGUUGUUCGUAUGUUUUGAUGCUUACAAUGUAUCCGAGACCCAAAGAUGACAAAACUGAUGUGGUUUGAGUAAACUUAAAUUCAAAUUCAGUGUAAGAACAGAUUUAUUAUAGAACAUUUGUUUGUAUUUGUGAUCA